GCCAAAACCCUAUUUCACCAAUUUCGGGCCUAUUUUCCCAAUUUUCUCUAUUUCUCUCUCUCACUCUCGAUAUCUUUUUUCUUGUUCCAUUUCAAGUGUGAGGCUGAUUGUUCUUGGAUCUCUCUUCCAAUACACAUGUGCGACUGACAGCUUUCUCUCUCUGACUGAAGGUCCACGCAAUCCAAAAAGUUUGAUUGAUGUAUACAUGCAACGUUUAAUUGAUGAGUUAAAGUUAUUGUGGCAUGAAGGUGUGGAAACAUAUGAUAUAUCAACUAAACAAAACUUCAAAUUGCAAGCUGCUUUGAUGUGGACUAUAAAUGAUUUUUCUGCUUAUGGAAUGUUUUCUGGAUGGUCGACUGCGGGAAAGUUAGCUUGCCCGACUUGUAUGGAAGACACAAAAGCAUUCACGUUGAAACAUGGAGGAAAGAGCACAUGGUUUGACUGCCACCGGCGAUUCUUGCCUAGGGAUCAUGAGUUUAGGAGAAAUACUAGUGCAUUUAUGAAGAACCAAACUGAUUAUGAGGAGCCACUAUCAGCAUCGUCGCUAGAAAAAAUUUGGAAUAGAGUUAGGGUUCUACCUAAGGUAACAAAGUCGCUAAUGUCUAAUAAGAUACCUGGUUAUGGUGGUAUACAUAAUUGGACUAAAGAGAGCAUAUUCUGGGAGUUACCUUAUUAGAAGCAUAAUCUUCUUCGGCAUAAUACUAUAAUGGAUGUUAAUAACAAGACAAAAGAUAACUUGAAGGCUAGGAUGAACUUGAAGCAAUAUUGUAGGCGAAGUGAGUUAUACCUGACAUACUUGAACAACAAGAUUCAAAAGCCCAAGGCCAGUUACACAUUCAUUUUUGAUGAGAGAAGAGAGACUUGUGAUUGGGUUAAGAAUUUGAGGAUGCCUGAUGGAUACGCAUCAAACUUAUCCAGGUGUGUUGACAUGAAAGAAGGGAAGUUGACGUCUAUGAAGAGCCACGAUUGUCACAUUUUCCUCAAAUCUUUGAUGCCUGUUGCAUUCAAAGCCUUGUCUGAUAGAAUAUGGAAACCCAUUACUGAGAUAUGUUUAUUCUUCAAGGAGUUGUGUUUUACCACAUUGAAGGUGGAGAACCUAUCUUACAUGGAGAGUAACAUUUGCUUAACUUUAAAUAAGUUGGCAAAACAUUUUCCUCCUGGGUUUUUUGAUGUAAUGGAACAUCUUCCAGUUCAUCUUGCAAGAGAGGCAUGACUUGGAGGGCCAGUUCCAAUAUAGGGUCUCCACUCCCUAGUUAAUUUGAUUUUAGACAUAGGGUCUCCACUCCCUAGUAUC